CAAAACAGACACUUAAAAUGGCACGAAGUUCGGAUAAACUUAAUAUAAUAGAUCAGAAUACAUUUAAAAAUUUAAAAAAGGGAAAUGAGAACACAACGCCAAAGAUUCUACAUAGUGCCAAAUACAAGAAUAAGCAUAAAAACAAGCAACAAUGUUCACUCCUCGACUUUCUAAUUGUGCCCCGCGAACAACACAAAAAGGUAAACAAACUGAAACGCCCACACACAAUCAUUGCGAGAAACUGCGUCACUCUGCAAACCAAGCGCAAGGGAAAAACGCGUCUGCAUCCCAAAAAUCGUGUGGCUCGCCUUAAGCGCAUCAUAAAAAACUAUCGCAUUUGGAAGCAGAGUACUGAUGAGGAUCCACAAUGGGUGGAGGCACUCCAGAAGGCAUUCAGUUCAAUGUCCGUUGGCCUUAACUCGAUUAGUGAAACAAGUGUGGAAAAUAAUGUUUCAGUUGCAGUUCAGAGCUCUCCCUUGCUUAAUGUGGAGCCAAACACAUUGGAACUAAUCACCGACUUAAAGAACCUGUCGAUAAAUGAAACAGAGUUGAAGACGAAGUCAAAGCCGCAAGCCCAUAAAAUACAUUCCCGACGGUUUCGAAGCUAUUGUGACAACUGCACGACGGCAAAACUCAAAGAGCUGUCGGGUCUGCUGCUCAAUGACCUGGAACGUUUCCAGAAGCGUGCCUAUGCCAACAACGAAAUCAAAGCGCGUGCACAUCUUCGACUGGUUGUGGGAUUUCGAGAAUCAUUGUCCAGGCUGCGGAUACACAAAGUAAAAUUGCUGCUGCUAGCACCAGACUGUGAGCAGUGUCCAGGUCCAGGUGGCCUUGAUGAGACGAUAGAUGAAUUAAAAACCGUUUGCCAGGAGCAAAAUGUGCCCUACUGCUUCUCGCUGAUGCGUCGUGAAUUGUCCUAUUCACUACAUAAGCGCGCACAGAUUUCCUGUGUAGCCAUUUUGGACUACGAUGGCAGCAAUGAAACUUUCAAGCAACUCCUGAAGGAGCUGGAUGAGGCGCGCAUUCAAUACAAGUCUUUGACUGCAACGUGAUCUUU